ACUUCUUCUUAGCGAAGACGAAAGAAAGAUUAAUGUUGGUAGGCUUUACAAAGGCCUAGAGCUUCUUAAUCAACCAGAUUUGUACCCCACGCAUAGAUUUCACGCAUCAAAAAAGUGGGAAAAUGAUUCUUAUAACAGUGCAAAUUCCAAGGAUGAAUACAACCAACUAAUUGGAGCGAAGUUACGGGAGUUAACUAAUAAAAUAUCACGAAGCGCUCACAUACGGCAGCAGCAACAGACUCAAAGGGGUGCUACGCCAUCGCAACAACCUCAAGUCGCUCAACAACAGUCACAACAAGCACAAACUUUACUACCUCAACAAUUACAAAAUUCACAACCACAGCAAUUACAGCAACAAAUGCUAACACAGACUCUUCAACAGCAACAACCUGUUCCUUCUCCACAGCAGCAACAAGCACAAACCCAGAGAUUCUUAUUGCAGCAACCGACGCCUCAGCAAAUUGCAGCAGUACAAGCACAAUCGAAUAAUUUUAUUCGACCAACCGCAUCUCAGGUUCCAUCUUCUCCAAAACCUACCCAACCAGGAACUCAUCGACCAAAUCUUUUACAACAGCAAGUUUUGGCUAACUUAGGAUUCCCUCCAGACCAGCAGUUAACACCGGACGUCUUGAAAAGACUCAAUAUCACUAUACAAUCACCUGCGAAAGUUAACCCGCAACCUGUCUCUAACGUCGCUGGUCCUUCGAUGAAAUUGCCUAAUAAUGUGACAAUUCAAUCGCCUGCUAAUCAGAUGAAAGGACAAGCACCGUCUCAGAGCCCUGGAACUAUGUUCAUGAUGCCAAAUACGGGUCCUUCUAUAACUAAUUCACUUGGAACCACGCCUAAUCAAUCUCCUGCGGUAGUAAAUGCAUCACCUGUAACAAUGUCAAAUAAAACGACUCCAAAUAUGUCUCCUAGUGCUGCUUCAGCUAAGUUAGCGGCAGCAAAUUUAGCAACAGCAAAUUUAACAACGUCACAACUCAAAAUACCUCAAAAUAAGCUCGUAAGUCCGGCUAUUCAAAAUGCCAAUGUUGCACCUAAUCUGGGAAUUAAAGUUCCUCCAGGAGUUGGUAUUAAUACAAAUCUCGGGUUAAUGCCUGGUUUUCAAGGUGCAAAUGCAACCAUUGGACGUCCGAAUAUAAUUAUGCACACGACAGCUAACAGCGCUGCAAAUGCAAAUGCAAUUAUGUUGGCUGUUAAUAAUAAUAAUGCCGCUAAUCAAGGAAUAGUUGCUUCCAAUGGUGCCAAAGCAGCAGCAAUGAUGACCGCUCAAAAUGCUAUGUUCGCAAAUGCGACAAGACCUUCAAUGACUCAACCUCUUAAUAUUAACGCUGUUCGUCCGAAAAUUCCACUUAUGCGCCCUAAUGCUCAGAUGCCUAUUAUAAACAGUUCUGCAGCACAAUCUGGAUCACUAGCAACGUUGACCGAGAAGGAGGAGAAAGAAGCAUUGACUAUGAUAAAUCAAAUAGACAGUAAGGCUAGAGAAAAAAGUAUUCAAUAUCAUGAAAUUGACCUUUCUGAAGAUGAAAAAAGACAAAUAAGGAUCAAGUUACAAGAAUUGACUCCAAUGUACAAAAAAGUUGAUGAAGUAUUACCAUACUUUUGGCAUUAUACAAGAUCAAGUCAAGGGACAUACCGCCUACUGGGCAUGAAAUACAUGAUAGAAGAUCAAUUAAACGCUCUACCAUCUGGAAA